AACUUUUAAAGCCAUCGCGAAUGUCCAAAGUGUUGUGUUUGUACAGUUAAAAAGUGAAUAAUAAUUGUACAUUGGUUUUAAAAUACAGAUUAAAGGAGUAGAUGAAGAAUAAACUAUGCCUCGAAAUAAUGGUAAGGACAAAUAUGAUCAAGCCAGUUCGUCGUAUAAUUCGAGUUCAUCGAGAAAAACGACAUACAUGUCGUCAGAAGACCAGGCAAGCGGCAAAAAGUCCACCUGGACAGAGAUUGAGAUAACAGGGAAUAUCAGGAGUCUUUCGACAAGUCUUUUUCAAAUGACACACCUAACAGGUUUGAUUUUGAAAAACAACGUUCUCACACGAAUUCCACCAGAUAUUUGCCAGCUGAUCAAUCUGCUUAAUCUAGAUUUGAGUCACAAUAACCUACGCUUGUUACCAGCUGAGCUGGGUGAAUUAAUUCACUUGAGGGAAUUACAUUUGGGUUAUAAUCAGCUGAGAAUUCUGCCAUAUGAACUUGGAAAGCUUUUCAAUCUGAUCAGUUUGGGAUUGGCAGGCAAUCAGCUUGGUAAAGACAUCAUGACUAUUUACAGUGAACCGAACGGGACGCAGAAGCUAUUGACUUACAUGCUGGAUAACUUAACAGUGACAACACCUAAUCCACCGCCGCGUCCCUGGAUACCAUUAGCCAGACCUACAGCUAAUCGACCAGCUUGUAUAUUUACUGUGAUGUGCUACAACGUUCUUUGUGAUAAAUAUGCCACCCGUCAAAUGUAUAGUUAUUGCCCAUCUUGGGCUCUCAAUUGGGACUAUCGAAAAAAGGGCAUAAUGGAGGAAAUUCAGCAUUAUGCGGCUGACAUAAUCAAUCUACAAGAAGUUGAAAUGGAUCAGUUUUAUAAUUUUUUUCUGCCAGAAUUGAAGGCUCAAGGUUACCACGGCAUCUAUUCACCCAAAUCUAGAGCCAAGCACAUGGGCGAAACUGAAAGAAAAUACGUCGAUGGCUGCGCAAUAUUUUAUAGAACGUCAAAAUUUACCUUAGUCAAAGAACAUCUAGUAGAAUUCAACCAAUUAGCUAUGGCCAAUGCGGACGGGUUGGAACACAUGUUAAAUAGGGUAAUGCCGAAAGACAACAUUGGGUUGGCCGCUUUAUUACAAACUACAGAAGCUGCGUGGGAUAAUAAUACUUCACAAGAUACAUCAUUCGUAAGCCAACCAAUACUAGUAUGCACGGCGCACGUCCACUGGGAUCCAGAAUUCUGUGAUGUUAAACUUAUACAAACUAUGAUGUUAAGUAACGAGCUCAAAUCCAUCCUCGAAGAAUCAGUACUAGCCCUAAGAGCCAGCAACGUUAACAUAUCGGAUACCAGUAAUAUUCAAUUGGUAUUGUGCGGAGAUUUCAAUUCUUUGCCCGAUUCGGGCGUGAUCGAAUUUUUAAGCACAGGCAAAGUGUCGCAGGACCACAAAGACUUCAAAGCGUUAGCCUACAAAGCAUGCUUGGAAAAGGUCCUCAGCUGUGAUAAACCAAAUGAAUUUACGCAUUCCUUUAAGUUAGCCUCGGCUUAUAAUGACGAGAUUAUGCCUUUCACAAAUUACACUUUCGAAUUUAAAGGCAUAAUCGAUUACAUUUUUUACGCCAAAAACUCCAUGACACCGUUGGGUCUUUUGGGCCCGAUUUCUCAAGAGUGGAUCUCACAGAAUAAAGUUAUCGGUUGUCCACAUCCUCAUGUCUAUUCUGAUCAUUUUCCGUUGUUGGUCGAACUCGAAAUGGUACCCACAAUUUCAGGACCAAUCAAUGGGAUUGUCAGGUACAGGUAGCAAUCGGCGAUAAGAGUGUAAGAAAGUAGCCACUGUCGCCUUUGCAUUGCUGUACCUGGUUUGGCCGACUAUUUGUCACUUAAGAAUUUAAGCCAUCAUCAUCUUCAUCCCCAACUUUUGACGUUUAUUUUUUGAUAAACGCAAACCAUCUCUCCGUGUACAUUUUGGUACAAAACAAAUCAAAUAUCAUCAAUUUCUAUGUAAAUAAAGCGGUACCUGACGGUCACAAUUCAAAACAUUAUUGUAAAUCAAAAGAAGUGGAUUGGGUGAGCGACUUUUAAGUCACUUAUUUGAGUAAUUUGUAUAGUGAUGAAAUUCAUUAGCACUUAAAUAAUCAGUGUGCCAAUGUGAAUUUUACAAGUUGUACAAGCCACCUUUGCCACAGCUGCUUAGGUAGGAGGAAUUUUGUUUUUGCUUGAUGUUAAUUCAAAAAGCUGACGUCAAUUAAUGUAUGGAAAAAAAGUCGCUCACCUAAAUUAUGAGGACACAAACUCAGAAAAAAUCACGCACACUUAAUUAUUACUGCUUUUUUUAUAAUCUAAGGUUACUGUGAUUUUAUUAUUUAUUAUUAUUUUCUUAUAGUUUUAAGUUAAGGCAUCUAGCUGGCCCAGAAAGAAAUAAUAACACGCAAGUUAGCAUUAAUUUGAUAUACAGGGUUGUCGUUUGUAUAUGGACAAGUAUCCAGUAUAUCCUACCAUUGCAUGUUGACCACCACAUAUUCAAAACUAAGUUACAUACAGCAUCUUGAAAACAGUAAACUUGGCAACAUUGUAAAUAUGUACUACCAUUGAAUCAGGCAUUCCCAAAAACCGUUUAGAAAUAUUGGACUGUUUCCAUACAAAACGACAACCCUAUAUUUUUUUUAUAGUAUUAGACUGCAAAUCGAUCAAUAUAAUAUGUAUUUAUUUAUCCUACUAACUUACUUUUUCCACAAAUUGUUGCAAUAUGAAAAACAUCGAAAGGGAAAUAUUUGAAUGGCAAAUUUCAUUCCUAUAAAAUGACAUUCAGCAGGAGUGUGUUAUGAUUUUUUUUUUAUUUGGCUUCUCGGUAAGCAUAAAUGCUUAAAAGUCUGAGGUUUUACUUUUAUAAAUUGUAAAGAUUACAAACAAAAAUAGGUAAUGUCUAAAUUAUAUUUAAGAAAUUGAAUAUAUGUAAAUGUAUAGUUUGUUCAUUAGAUUUAUGCAAUGUUUGUUGAAAAAAUAAAAACAUGGUAAGCUCAACACAAUACUUACUUGAAGAAAAAACUAGUUAUUUGUAUUUGGUGGGUGUUAAAAUGUUAACUGGAUUUUUUUUUACUCAAAAAUGUAAAUCUUGUAAACACUUUUUCAUACAUCAUAUUUCUGAUGGAGUCUCACUUAAUUUACUUUAAUGUAAAAAUAGCUUUUCAACUAAGAUUUUAUUUUAGUUUAAGUUAAGUUGAAGGUGAUAAUUUGUGAUUUUAUACAAUCGCCAUUUUUUUAUUUAAAAUUCUGGCCAUUGAAACAAAAAACUUAUUAACCUUAUAAAAUAAUAGUUAUUUUUCUAAUAAAGAGUUGAAAAGUUUUUUAAAAAAAAAAGUGUACAUAAACAUAGAUCAUUUUAUAUUUUGAAAACGAAAAAUUUGAGAUUUCUGACAAAAGUAUUCAUUAGGGAAAACGGGCUACAACUUUGCAAUAUUUUAUUGUUAAUUUAAGUAAUUUGCUUCUGAUUAGCUUUGAUUUUGAAAAGAUUAACUAAUUAUAUUGAGGAAUACUGAAUUUUGGAGCCUUUAUAAAGUGAGGUUCAAAAAUAACGUCCAUAUUUAGUUUUUCCCUUAAGUUUAUUUUAGAAACUGGAACCAAAUUUUCAAUUAAACAUUAUUCUUUAAGAUUGCAAUUUUCACAGGUUUGCAAGAUGUUGCCCUUUUUAAUAAUUAAAUUUUCUUCUAGAAUAUUCAAAAUCUAUCUUUUUUUUCAUUUAACGUUAUGCAUACUUUGGAACAAGAUGCACAUAAAAAUAAAAAAAAUUCAGGUUUUUCAAAUUUUAAAAAGUGACCAAAAGAGGAAAUUGACUAUGAGUUUCAAAACCGCACAAAGUGUGUAUUGAAGCUUUUGGAUUUUAGUAUCGAAAAUAACUCUCUGUUUAUUAUUAUUAUUAUUAGGCAUCUUUCAUUUUUAAGUUUAAAGCAAUUCAGUUUAUGAAUCAACUGUGAUACUAUCCUUGGGUUCAUUGUUAAUAUUUACCAAGAUUACAUAUUUCAGAUUUUUGAUACUAAAAUCAUUUCAGAAACCAAAUCAAAACCUCUACUUUUUCGUGUUUAUGUAAUUGUAUUAUAAAUGUAACUUUUCUUUUUUCUCCGUUAGGUACUUAAAAAUUCAUAGAAAAUUGUCAAUAAUAAUUUCUGUAAAUUAGUUGUAAGGCGAGUGAAACUACUUUUGGAAUGAGGCAUUUUGUUAUUUUUGUGUUCAGCGAGCGUUACCAUUUUGGACUCGAGUAUUAAAAUUCAGACAUAUAGAUUUGUUUUUGGAAUAUAUUUUUGUUGUUGUUAAGUACACUUUAUAAUAAUCUUCUUUUGUUAACAGAAAUUUAUUUUGUAAAAAUUGCAAAAAGUAGAUUUGCCAGCCAAUCCGAUAUACAUUGUGUCUGAAAUGUAUACUGAGGAGUCAACAAAUAUAGUGAAAUAGGAAAUUAU